GAGAGCUUCAGCAGAAAUGAUCCCAAUUAGCUCUGCAAAGCUAAAUAGCAAGUUGGCAGCUAUAUCUCAGCAAAGUAAAGGAGGAUCGCGUAGGAGAGGUUGCAUUAGCCUGCUGGCUGGAAUGGUGCUCGGAGUUUGCUUAGCCGGAAUCAUCUUUUACCCAUCGUUUCCAAGCGAAGACUAUCGAGAUAAUUCGCAGAAUAUAAUUAAAAUUAUUGGGCUUGAAGUGCCAAUUGAGAAUGUCCCAUCAAACUUUAUUAAUAUUACCAAGGAUUUAGGAGUUGUAAACGUUUCGCCCACAACAUCGGGUAUACAUAGUACCCACAAAAUUGCAGAUGAAAUUAAUAAAAAUAUGGAUAAUUAAAUGAAAUAAUUUGAUAGUUUUUGUGUUUUAAUUUUAACGUAAAAUCAAUAAACUGUAAAACUAUUAUUUACACGAGUGUGAAUGAUUAAGUUAAUUAAAACUUUGACGGAAAUGUAUUGUAUCGUCAUUGUCUAUCGAUUGACCUCGAACUAAAGUUUACCCACUUUUAAAGCUCAUA